AUGGCCCUGCGGGGACAGACGGCUAAUUAUCUGUUCAAACCUGCACAACCGGACUCUGAGUCUUUGGAUCGCUGCAUCCAGAAAGCUCUGGCAGGCCUCUACCCGCCCUUCCACGCCACGUCUCCCACCCUUCUGUGUCAGGUCCUCAGCGUAGUGGACAGCUGCUUCAGAGGAGACGGCCUUCGCUACCUCAUCCACUUCCUGCUUCCUGCAAAGAACCUACUGCAGAACCUCCAGCAGGAUGCCUGCUCUCCGUUCUCUGGUCUGCUGUUCCGCCAUGAAGGCUGGCCUCUCUGCAUCCAUGAGAAGAUAGUUGUUCAGCUUUGUCCUUUGGACCAGCACCUCCUCCAUCCAGGAGACUUUUACCUGCUGGUUUCUCCUGCUGCUUCUGCAGCACACAGCACCUCCUGCAGGAACAGCACCUCCUGCAGGAACAGCACCUCCUGCAGGAACAGCACCUCCUGCAGGAACAGCAUCUCCUGCAGGAACAGCAUCUCCACCAACCCCCGUCUGCUCCUGUGCAGCGUUUCUGCAGGCAGUCGUCAUGUCCAGCAGCAGGAGGUGCCGGUCGAGGCUCUGACGUCGCUCUUUAGCAUGGCAUGGCUGGACUCUGUGAACAGGGAGAGAGAGCGACGAGGGGUCUCCAAGCUGGAGCGGUGCAUCCUCUCUGUCCACGGAGACGUCUUCAGGGUCCCCUGGGAGGACGUGGUUUACCCUCAGUUCAUCAAUCAGCCACGGACCACCUCAAACCCAGAGGGGGAGUCCUCUGUGAAGGACAAGAAUGAUCCAAACCCCUCAGAGAAGGACGUGAAGCUCCUCCCUCUCCCAAUCAGACCCGACCAAUCAAAAGCAAGUGUUGAUGAUGAAGACUCUGAGGGGGAGUAUGUGGAGCUGACAGAGCUGCCUCGGUUCUCCCCACAGAAAGGAUCCCUGACCCAGUCUAUCAGCCUGCAGCACAGAACCAGGACAACCACACACAGUCAUACGCACUCCUGGUCCUGCUCUGAGGUCAGCACACACACUCUGCAAUGCUCCAAACUCCUGGAGGAGAACUUCAGCCAGGAUUCAUCUGGAGAUCUCCACAGAACUCCUGAGGUGAAGGAGCAAACAAAAGCUACCAUCCCAGAAGGGAGCCAUGACGGGCCCCCUGAACCUGAAAGCUGCACGCUGGAUGGAGAAGGUAAGGAGGGGCAAGAAGAGGUUUGUGAUGAGGAGCAGGGACAGGAGGAAGAAAAGGAGUCAAAGAAUAUAAACAAAGAUGAGGAGGAGGAGGGUGAGGAAGGAGAGAGAAAUGAAGCACAGUUAGAGGAUGUAGAAGAAGAGGUUAAGUGUCUGGUAGAGAAGGAGGAAGUGAGUAAAGUUGGUCAGAAGGAAGAAGAGGAAGUUGAAAAGAAAGAGACAGGAUUUGAAGAGUACAUAGAUAUAGACUUUUACUCUGAAAGUAACAAACAACAAAAGUACUCUGAGGAUUCUGGAACUUUAAUGGAAAAAUUAAACCUGCAGCACUCUUAUUGUAAAAACAUGAAUGGAAAUAAACACCCAGAAGGCUUUUACUGUGAAAAUAUCACAGAAAAAACAAAACUGGAGAACUCUUAUUGUGAACAUGUGGGACAAACAACACAAACCGAGGACUUCCAGCUUAAACGUUUCGUAGAAAGAGAACAUUCUACUGAGUGUUAUUUUGAAAAUAUAACCAUUAAAAAAUCUAAUCUGGCCGAUUCAGUUUCAGAAAAUCAGACACAGAACACUGACUACUCUGAUAGUAUAUCCCAUGCUCAGUCUGAAGACUCUUAUUUUGAAAUCGGGACCCUUCAUAGACCCUUGAAUGAGUUAGAGAGGUUAAAUUCUGGACAAGCUUUUCCUGGGGAGCCGGAAACUUUACAUGAUUCUGAAAAUCAGAAACCACAUGAGGAAUAUAAUUCUGAAAAACCAGCACAACCCGAAGAUUCCAAUUCUGAAAAGCAACACAAGGAUUUUUGUUCUGACAAAUAUAUGGACUCUUAUUUUGAAAAACAAAAGCCCCUUGAGGACUCUUAUUCUGAAACUCAGAUGCAACCUGAAGACUCUUGUUCUGAAAAAAGUGUUGAUUUUUUUUCUAAAAAUCAAAGACAGUUGGAAAACACUUUUGAUAAUGAAAAACAACCUGAAAACUCUUAUUCUGAAAAGCAACCUGAAGACUCUUAUUCUGAAAAACAUCAACAUGUGGGUUAUGUGUUUGAAAAACAGCAAAAGUUGGACUAUACUUCUAAUAAUCAAAAACAACUGGAAGACUCUUAUUGUAAAAAACAUGUGGACUUUUAUUCUGAAAAGCAACAACAUGUGGACUCUUAUUCUAAGAAACAUGAGGACUCUAAUGCUGAAAAUCAGAUAGAACUUGAGGAAUCUUAUUCUGAACAUCGACCAAAACUAGAAAUCUCUUAUUCUGAAAAUCUAUUUGUGGACUCUAUUUCUGAAAAUCAGAUCCAGCCUGGUAACUUUAAUACUGCAAAGCAAACAUCUGAGAACUCUAAUUUAGAAAGUAUGACACAAGUACAAGUUAAGUGCUGUUUUUCUGAAACGCAAACACAAGCUAAGGACUUGUAUUCUGAAAAACAAAAAGACUCGUAUUCUGUUAAACAAAAUGAGGACUGUUAUUUUCAGAAAAAAACAGACAACUUUUUUCCUGUAAAAGAAACUAAGGACUCUUGUUGUGAAAAACAAACUGAGGACUCCUUUUGUGGAAACCAACUGGAGGACUCUUAUUCUGUUUGGCAAAACCAUCCAGUAGACUCUUGUUCUGAAAAACAAAACCAACUUGUGGACUCUUGUUAUGAAAAGCAAAACAAGCCGGAGGACUCUUAUUCUGAAAAAGAAAAGCAGCCUGAGGACUCUUAUUCUGUAAGAGAAAAGGAAACUGAGGACUCUGAUUCUGAAAAACAAAACCAACUUGUGGACUCUUAUUAUGAAAAGCAAAACAAGCCAGAGGACUCUUAUUCUGAAAAAGAAAAGGAAACUGAGGACUCUGAUUCUGAAAAACAAAACCAACUUGUGGACUCUUAUUGUGAAAAACAAAACCAGCCUGAGUGCUCUUGUUCUGAGAAAGAAAAGCGAACCGAGGAGUCUUUCAGAACUGUAAAUGACUCAUGUUCUGAAGAUCCUCCACAAUCUGAGGAAAAAGAAUCAGAAGAAGCUCAUCCUGUGUUGAAUGAAGGACAGGAAAAUAAAUAUGAAGAGGAGAACAAAGAGGAAGUGGAGAAGCAGGUCUGUGUCAAGAAUGCUGGAAGAGGAUUGGCAGAGCAUCAGACGAAAGGUUCUAGCUGCGAAUGUCCCCCAAUCCAGUUAAACAUCAGCGCUGACUCAGGUCCAAAGGAACCAGAAAAACCAUCAGCUCCAUCACGGUCUUUCCAGUCCAGCUUCCACAGCUUGUUGCUGAGGUCUGGAGCUGUGUGUCUGCCUGGAACCAGAGACAGAGGAGGACGAACGCUGCUCACCGUCUCCACCUCCAACCCCAUCUGGCUGAACCCAGACUGUGACCAUGAGGAGCUGCUCAGCAUCCUGCUCUACUACACCUCUACCCUCAGUACGGAGGCUCGAGCAAGGGGGCUGACGGUGUUGGUGGAUGCCCGCAGUGCUGCUCCUCCUUCUGUCCUCUUCUCUGCCCUCUGGACUCUGCAGGAGGACGCGUCUGUCUCCAUCCACGCUGUGCUAAUCCUGGCUAGCAAAGGCUGGCUGCAUGUGGACCAAGCUGCUCCUGUACAGGUGGAGGUGCUGAGCUCUCUGAAGUCUCUGCAGAGACACGUGGAGCUCCAGCAGCUUCCUGCAGAGUUUGGAGGAUCGUUUGGCUUCAGUCAGAGCAGCUGGAUCAGCUUCAGAUCGAGGGUCGAGCAGCUAACCCAACAGUGCACAAGCGUCAUUAAUCUGCUGCAGGAAACCAUCAGCAAUCUGCAGAGGACGCCGUUACCUGCUGCUGCUGAGGUAAGAAACCAUCCAGCUGCUGCGUCUCUGCUGGUUUGCUCUGGGAACCAUCAAUUCUCAGUCAUCCAGACGCAGGAGCUCAGCUUCAUCGUCGAGUUCAGGAACCUGGAGACGGGCUUCAACCAGGUGAAGGCGUGGCUGGACGAGGUCGGUGAGCUCCGUCUGAAGGCCCUGAACGAACCUGCAGAUUCCCUGGAGCUUCUGAACAGCAAACAGGAGGAGUUCAAGGAGUUCGUCACCACGGCUUACGACCGCUGUAAACAAGGUGAGGCUCUGCUGUCCCGUCUAGAGCGCUGGGAGGACGUCUCUUCACCGGACCUCCACGCCUACGAGGUCAAAGUUCACUCAUUCUGGGCUCAGCUGCAGGACUUCUCUCAGCGGGUCAAAGGAACCGGGCAGAACUUGGAGCGGGCCGUGCAGCUGUACCGCUUCCUGGAUCAGGCCUAUGGCUGGGCGUUGGAGGGAAUGCGUCAGCUGGCUGGACUCUCCAUGGAGGACUGCAUGCUGCCAGACAAAUGCCGCGCUGUGAUUGGCUUCCUGGAAGACUACCAGUCCAAUCACCCACCAAUCCCAGAGAGCCGUUUCCAGAGGAUGAAGGCGGAAGCAGGCGAGCUGCGGGGCGAGAGCGGCCUCCGCCAGUGGAGCUUCGCCUGGUCCAAGUGUCAGGAGGCCAAGAAGAUGUUUGACAGGAAGAUGGAGGCGGCGGUCAGCACACGAGACUCCGCCCACAGGCACCGCUCCAACUCUGUUGUCAGCACAAGCUCCGCCUCCUCCAGGAAGUCAGGGCUGUGGGGGAUUCUUGAGACCUCCUCCGGAGAGGAGCCCGGCGCCUCCCCCUCUCCACCCGCCCCCCAGAGAAAACCUUUCUAUCGCUAUCUGCUCCGAAGCUCCUCCACCUACGAGGAGUCAGAGCGGCGGGACGUCUGCUCCCCCAUCGCCAACCACUCCUCCCCCAGGUUCACCUCCCCCUCCUCCCCCAGCUUCCCUCCCUCCUCCUCCUCCUCCUCUAGGAGGCAGCAGCUGAGGAAGACGCAGAGCUUCGACUCCCCGUCGCUAACUUCUGACAUUUCCCGGUGCGGCGCCAAUCCACGCACCCUCAGCGAGCCGCCGCGCCGAGGGAACACGGGCGUGUUCAUCCGCGGCCUGGAGGUCAGCAGCACCGAGGCGGCCGAUCGGACCCUGUGUCCCAGAACGCCGGUUCCUGGCUGGGCGGGCCCUCGGAGCCCGGAGACACCUGGGACCCCGGCAGGAGACGGCCGCCCCCGAGGAAGUAAAUUACGACACAUCGUAGAGGAGAUGGUGACCACGGAGCGCGACUACGUCCGCUCGCUGCGCUUCAUCAUCCACCAUUACUUCCCAGAGAUGGAGCGGGCCGACCUUCCUCAGGACCUGAGAGGGAAACGCUCCAUCAUCUUCGGGAACCUGGAGAAGCUGCUGGACUUCCACAGCCAGUUCUUCCUGAAGGAGCUGGAGGCGUGCUGGAAGCAUCCGCUGAGGGUGCCUCACUGCUUCCUCAGACACCAGGAGCAGUUCAGCCUCUACGCCCUUUACAGCAAGAACAAACCCAAAUCUGACGCGCUGCUGGCUGCUCACGGCCACGCCUUCUUCAGGAGGAAGCAGCUGCAGCUGGGUGAUAAGCUGGACCUGUCGUCGUACCUGCUGAAGCCCAUCCAGAGGAUGAGUAAAUACGCCCUGCUCCUCUCUGACCUCAUCAAAGAGGUGGACGUGGCUCAGGAGGCGGAGCUAAGCGCCCUGCAGGACGCCACCAACAUGGUCAAAUUCCAACUUCGCCAUGGCAACGACCUGCUGGCCAUGGACGCCAUCAGAGACUGUGACGUGAACCUGAAGGAGCAGGGUCAGCUGAUCCGGCAGGACGAGUUCACGGUCUGCAGCGGCAGGAGGAAAUGUCAGCGUCACGUCUUCCUCUUCGAGGACCUGCUUCUGUUCAGCAAACCCAAAAAGAUGGAGGGAGGUCUGGACGUCUUCAUCUACAAACACUCCUUCAAGACCGCAGACGUGGGUCUGACCGAGUCCAGCGGGGACGACGGGCUCAGGUUCGAGAUCUGGUUCAGGAGGAGGACGGCCAAGAACCAGACCUUCGUCCUGCAGGCUGCGACGGCAGGCAUCAAACACGCCUGGACCGGUGACAUCGCCCGGAUCCUGUGGACCCAGGCCGCCCGCAACAAAGAGGUGCGUCUGAAGGAGCUGCUGUCGAUGGGCGUCGGCAGCAAACCCUUCAUGGACAUCCAGCCCAGCGACGCCGCCAUCAGCGACCGCGCCGUUCACUACAUCAUGAAGGCCAGAGGAGCCAGAACCCGCGCCUCCAUCGCCGUCUCCGCCUUUGACCACGCCCACCCCUUUAAGAGAGGCGCUCCAGCUGAGCCGCCGGCAUCAGGACCGUCCUCCUCCAGCCUGCUGGGCCCGCUCAACCUGCACAUGUUCAGCCAGUCCUCCUCCUCCUCCGCUCCUCCUGCCGCCGCCUCCUUUGGCUCUUCGUGCAUCGAGGAAGAUGAGCAGGAACAUGAGACCAGCAGUCAGCCCUCCAUGACCACAGAAAGUUCUGGCUCCUCCUCUCACUGCCUCUCUGGCUCCACGGGCUCCGACAGCGGCUGUGUCUCCUCCCACCUCCGAGAGGCGCUGCAGGAGGAACCCAGCGCCCUCUGUCCCACUUCCUCAUCAUCCUCAUCAUCUUCCUCCACCAAACAGCACAGGAGACUCACCUCAGCUGAAGCUGCUGCAGUCGUCGGCGCCGCCACGAUCGUCUGACGCCGCAGUGAGUCAGCAGCAGUAAAGGCUCUGGUGGUUCCAGGAGGAGGACUUUGGACUGGAGGUCAGCCGGCUGCUGAUCCAGGAUCAGCUUGUUGGUUCCAGGAGGACCGGACUGGUUCUGGUUCUGGUUCUGGUCCGGCUCGGCGCUCCGACUGUACAUGUGUGUAAAUAAGUUCUGCUGCCACUUUUCUAACCUGAGCAAUAAACACGUUUGAUGAAACCGUUCGGGUCCGA